UCGCGAUGGAGCCCAAGAAGCACCACGUGUCCGUGGAGGACAUCCAGCACACGCUGCAGGCCCAUUUCCAGGCGACGAAAGCGCUUCGAGAUGAGAAGACCAAGGAGAAGCAUGUGCGCAAGCACGUCCUUGCCUUCCUCCACGUCAAGAAGCUCCAGACGACGUCGGCGAAGCGCAUGUUUGGCUCCUUUGGCAACUCGACCUGCAAGCUGCUCUGCAUGACGACGCACGAUGUGGUUGAGAACGGCGCGACCAAGGUUAUGGGCCAGCUCCACUACGUCAACUUCCAGGCCAACUACACGAUCGACUGCCGCAAGACGUGGGCGCUCGACGACCUCGAGUCGCUCGAGGACUGCUCCGAGGACACUGGGAGCUAUCCACGUGGCAGCUUUCGCCUCAAGUUCCGUGACGCCAAGGACGUUAACGAGCCGUUCCACUGGAUUGCGCACGCCAGCGAGUCACCGACGGCCAUGAAGGAGUUUGUGUGGGCGCUCUCUGCGUUGUACGUCGACACGCAGCUCGUCUUGCCCGAGUCGACGUUCUCGCUGCAAGAGCUGGCCGAGCUCGCGACGGCCAACGACCUUGCCAGUAAAUACGGGCUUGACGUGAACUUGCUAGCCUUUCAGCAAACCCCCCAGCACACGGAGCGACGUCGCAGCUGGGAUGUCCUCGAGGCCCCGGCAUCGCCGGCCAAAGUCGCCGCUGUGACCAAAUCGGUCGAGUUGGCCGAUGCCAUCGCGCUCCUUACGACGAUUGACUGGCACAAUGCGUCGGUCGAGUCGGUCGAAGCCGCGUGGCACGACCGCUUGCGGCUGCUGGGCGACGCCAACAUGGAGUUUCUCCUGACGUUCCAGGGCACGUCGAGUAGCGACGAGAGGAAGGCGAUGGACCCGCUCCUCGCAGCCAUUGACGGCGUAUUGCGCGAGGUCAAGAUGGCGGAAAAGUGGACCGAAGACGCCGACACGACGCUCGGCAACACGUCGGCCAACAUGGCGCAGUUCGAGUCGCUCAACAGCCAAAUGGAGGUUCACUUUAAGAACAGCGUCGCGCUCGAAGGCGCCCUCCGGACCCUCAUCGAGGCCGUGGACGUUCCGCGGGAGCUCCUUGGGCCGCUGCUCAAGCCCGUCGGCAUCUUUCCGACCCAGAACAGCCCCGAAGCCGACGUGAGUGUCCUUGCGACAAUCGUCGCCGCGGUGCAGCGCUUGGACGCCGCCAUCAAGUCUGUCGACGCGUUCCCGGCCAAGCACAUGGCCGCGUUCCAAGCUCGGCGGGACGAGUUCGUGUCGAUCGGAAGCAACUUUAGUGAAAAGCUCGCGGGCGGCCUCGAUCUCUUUCUUCAGCAGCGCGUGAAGGCGUGUCUCCAAGAAAAGGCGCAGAACCGACGGCGGUCCGUGAGCUCGACCAGCGACAUGCCGCGCAAGAGCCUCCACGUCUUUGGCCGUGACCGCGAGGCCUCGACGCUGCCGCCAAAAGCAAUCGCUAAGAUUUGUAGCGUGCGCAGCCCGAGUACGGCCAGCGCCGACGACGCCGACUGGCACUUUUGCAACGACACGCUCCACCGCGAGCUCAGCAAGUACAAGGAGCUCUGCUCCAGCGUGAGCGUGCUCAGCGGACGCUCCACGACGCACCUUCGUGACAUCUACGCCAAGCACGUCGCGCAAAUCUACGGGCCGCAUGUCCAGUCGGUCUUCCGCGCGCUCAAGGAGAAGCUGCCCAAGGCCAAGGCGGCAACAAGUCUUCCGGGCAAAUCGUCGUCGUGGAGCCUCACGAUGUCCUUCUCGCACGCCCCCGAAGCGGCUGCAACAAUAACAGCGUCGCAGCUGCUCAAGCAAGGCCUGGAGCACGUUUUACCGCUGUGCACGGCCGAGCAAGCGUUUGUGCGAAGCAUGUUCUUCCAUACGGAAGGGCCAGGGGCCGUGGGACAGCGCAAGGCCAAGUCCGAGCCGCCAGAGCUCACGAGCAUGAUGGAGGCCGUCUUUGAAAAGUUGCUCGACCGGCUCGUGGACUUUGCCGAGGCCGGUGUGCACAGCAACAUGAUGGAAGCGCUCUCGAUGAUCGUGACGGCGCAAGGCGCGGCCAGCGACGUUAAGAGCGACUUUGUGACCAACACGCUACUCCACUUCCAGCUCCACCUCAAGCGCGUCUUCUCCAAGUACAUCGAGGAGCAGGAAGCAUGGCUCGAAAGCAUACACCCUGACACCCGCCUCGUCGGCGUUCUGGGCCCCGUGCAAAAGAUGAUGACGCUCAUCGGGCGCCUCGAAGGUGCUGGCGACGGCGCGCACGACGAGGCCAUCUUGGCGCCGAUCUACGACCGCCUCGUCACCGGACUCUUUGCGUGGCUCGAGAGAGCGGCGACGACCAAGCCCAAGUACAGCCACCUCGUGCGCCUUGGUAGCGACGAUCAUGACGCCGUCCUCGAUUCCUGA